CCCCUCCCCUCCCCCACGACCACCCUCCCUCAGAUCUAGCAAUUGGUCGGCUGCAAUUGCUUCUCUCGCCAUGUCUCUCUCUUCCGCUUCCAGCUCUCUGCUGCGCGCCUGCGCCCGCCAGCAGCUCCCCACGACCUCCCGCGCCGCCGUCGCCUCCUGCCAACAGCGGAGGGGAGUCUCCGAGGCCUCCAAGUCCUCCUUCCAAAGCCCCUUCGGCUCCUCCGAGGAGUACUCGUCGACCCUGAAGAUCCCCAACUUCAGCAAAUACUCUUCCAAGAAGUCCCCGCGCUCCAACCAGGUCUUCUCCUACUUCAUGGCCGGUUCUCUCGGUCUGGCCUCCGCCGUGGGCGCCAAGGCCACUGUUCAGGACUUCCUCGUCAACAUGUCCGCCUCCGCCGACGUCCUGGCCCAGGCUAAGGUCGAGAUUGGUCUCGGUGCCAUCCCCGAGGGCAAGAACGUCAUCAUCAAGUGGCGUGGAAAGCCCGUCUUCAUCCGCCACCGUACCGCGGAUGAGAUCAAGGAGGCCGAGGAUUACGACUGGAAGGCCCUCCGUGACCCCCAGCCCGAUCAGGACCGUGUCCAGAAGUCCGAGUGGCUGGUCAUGCUUGGUGUCUGCACCCAUCUGGGUUGUGUCCCCAUCGGUGAGGCCGGCGACUACGGUGGCUGGUUCUGCCCCUGCCACGGUUCCCACUACGACAUCUCCGGCCGUAUCAGGAAGGGUCCCGCUCCCCUGAACCUGGAGGUUCCUCAGUACAGCUUCCCCGACGAGGAGUCCCUCGUUAUCGGUUAAACGCAUUCGCAUCGUAUCACCGCCCGUCAUCCGGUUGCUGAGCGACGAUUGACUGAACGCAAAAUGGAGAAGGGGUUGAGACGGAGGAAGUGAGGGAGAGACCAGAAGGUUUGUUUGUUUUUGUGGUUUUAGAUGGACAUCUCAGUGUACCCUUUGUCAAGAUUAUAAAGAGAACUUUGUUUUAAUAUGGAACCGAUUGA